GUCGCGCAGAGGCAAGCCCUGGCGCGCAUUGGCCCCUUCGGCUGCCGUCUGCCGGUAGUUACUAUGGAAACCCAGUGGCCAUCGCUAUGUCUCUGCAAAAGACUCCUCCGACCCGGGUGUUCGUGGAACUGGUUCCCUGGACUGAUCGAGGCCGGGACAACAAUCUGAUCUCAGGCGGAGUGACGCAACCGGGCCUCCACCACCCCGUCUCCUCAACACAAGCCCAAACUGCGACCCGCGAGGUGCACGUAAGCGGCACCUCAGAAGUGUCUGCGGGCCCCGAUCGGGCUCAGGUGGCGGUGCGAGUGAGCAGCACCAAGGAGGUGGCGGCCGAGGCCAAAAAGAGCGUUUGUCGCCGUCUAGAUUACAUCACACAGAGCCUCCAGCAGCAGGGCGUGCAGGCAGAAAAUAUAACUGUGACAAAGGAUUUUAGGAGAGUGGAAAAUGCUUAUCACAUGGAAGGAGAGGUCUGCAUUACAUUUACUGAAUUUGGAAAAAUGCAAAAUAUAUGUAACUUUCUUGUUGAAAAGCUAGAUAGCUCUGUUGUCAUCAGCCCACCCCAGUUCUAUCAUACUCCAGGUUCUGUUGAGAAUCUUCGACGGCAAGCCUGUCUUGUUGCUGUUGAGAAUGCGUGGCGCAAAGCUCAAGAAGUCUGUAACCUUGUUGGCCAAACCUUAGGAAAACCUUUACUAAUCAAAGAAGAAGAAACAAAAGAAUGGGAAGGCCAAAUAGAUGAUCACCAGUCAUCCAGACUCUCAAGUUCAUUAACUGUACAACAAAAAAUCAAAAGUGCAACAAUACAUGCUGCUUCAAAAGUAUUUUUAACUUUUGAGGUAAAGGGGAAGGAGAAGAAAAAAAAGCACCUUUGAAAUUCCAACCAAAUUAUAUUGUACUUGUAUCUUUUUACCUAUUUUUAUACUUUUUAUAAUGUUUGCUUUUGUCCUGAAUAUAUAUAUAUAUAUUGUAUAUUAGAUAAGCUAUUUCUCUCCAAAAUCUACAAGCCUUUGAAUAUAGUCCCACAAAAUUCUUAUGUUCACUUUCUAUUUUUAAAAGACUACUCUGAAAAACACUCUUGGGAAAUAAAUGUAUUAUGUACAUACUUAUAUACUGACAGUUCAUACAAGUGCAUAUGUAAUACUUUUAUUAUAAGGACAAAUAUUGACUCUUGCAUUUCAUAAUUCUUAAAGAUAUUUAAGCUAACAUUUUCUCAGCCACAUUUUUAUAUAAAACCAAAUUUUAUAUCAAAACUAGGUUUCCAUAAGUUAGUUAAAUUUUUUAAAUUGUAAGACAAAAAUUUUAUAUAUGGAAAAGAAUUAUUAUAUUCCAUCAAACCUAGUAAUUUUCCACAACAAAAGAUGACUAUAAAUACAUAAUUUUAAGUGCAUCCCGUCAGGUCUUAUAUUUGAUUUUACUUUAAUUAGAAGCUAAGUAGUUACCCUGUUACUUUUUCAUGGAUGCUAACAGAAGACAUGAGAUUCCUGGGACAGAAACAAAGGACUAUUAACUCAUGGCACAACAAGGAGCAUGAGCAUCAGCACAUUCUCAUUGUUUCCCCCUGUCUCAGUUCCCACGGGGGCAUCAUGAUGUGGCCAUAUGCAAUAUAGCUACAUACACAAUGAGCUUUUGUUGUAGGUAAAAAAUACUGAGCUUGGAGGGUUCAUUGCUUUUUAUCAUGAAUAAUUAAACCUGCCCUUUACCCCAUCCCUUACAGAUGCUCACUCCAAACUCAAUACAGGUACAGAGAAAUGACCCAAGUAAAGAACAGUCAAGGUCUUGCAUGCUUGUCACACCCAGCACUAUGUGUAGGAGGGUGAAGUCUUUGGAGGGCUAUCUCACAUCUAACGAUUUCUUUACUUGGACUGGAGACCAUUUUUGUAAGAUGCAGACCAACAACUGUGACCUUAACAACUUCACAGCAUGAAUAGAAAUGGUGAUAAAUAAUUCAUAGCUUUUUAUGAAAGAACAGUGAAGUGUAAUAAGAAAAUGUUUUGAUGCCAAAAAUAAAAGAUUUAUUAUUUG